UUUCCGGCACGCGGAAGGUGUCGUGCCGUUACAUGUAGAUAUGAAUUAAAACAUUUUGAUCUUAUAUUUUCAUUCUUUUAGUUCGGUGAAUUAUUACAUUAUUUUCUACCACGGCUUCAUCCUCUUAUUAUUCAUUUGUUUCAAUGCGCAAAUAAUACGCAGUAGUGAUUCCUUGCAACGGUUCUUGUACACUGCGCGGUACGUUUUGAGAGCUCGUUUUUUGUUUGUUUACAACAUCAUGGCUAACUUAAGUUUGGCUGUUUUAUCAUUGAAAGCUGAGUAAAAAAAAUAAAGUCGAUAAUGGCAACAUAAUUUCAUCUCCUCUGCGCUGCGUUUUACGAAUUAACACUUUUCUAUUUAGCAUUACAACCUCUGGCCGUACUAGUAGUGGCUAAAUAGUUAUAACAUUUCCUGAAAGAUGACUGACACAUGUUCGGAUCCUGCUGGAGCCAUCAGGGCAAUUGACAAGCACUCGGUGCAUCAGAUCUGCUCGGGGCAGGUUGUGCUGACCUUGGCCACUGCUGUUAAAGAACUGGUGGAGAACAGCAUAGAUGCUGGGGCCACCCACAUUGAUGUCAAGCUGAAGGAGCACGGAAUAGAACUGGUGGAAGUAUCCGAUAACGGAAAAGGAGUCGAGGAGACCAACUUUGAAGGCUUGACGUUAAAACAUCAUACUUCAAAAUUGAGGGACUUUUCCGAUCUUAUCCACGUGGAGACGUUUGGCUUCAGAGGAGAAGCCCUCAGCUCUUUAUGUGCUCUCAGUGACCUCAGCGUGGUGACGUGCCAUGAGUCCAGCCCCGUGGGGACCAAGCUGGUCUUUGAUCACAAAGGCCACUUGGUUGAGCGGCUCCCCCAUCCACGACAGCAAGGUACCACGGUUAGCCUGCAGCAGCUCUUCCUAACCUUGCCCGUCAGACACAAGGAGUUCCAGCGCAAUAUUAAGAAGGAGUUCACCAAAAUGGUGCACGUUUUGCAGUCCUAUUGCAUCAUCUCCACCGGAGUGCGUCUCACCUGCUCCAACCAAAAUGGACAAGGGAAGCGCAACACAGUUGUUAGCACAAGCGGGAGCCACAAUAUGAGAGACAACAUAGGAGCUAUAUUUGGGCCGAAACAGCUACAGAACCUUCUCCCCUUUCAGCAUGUGCCUCCUAAUGAGAAGGUCUUGGAAGAAUAUGGACUUCAGAAUGCGGAACUCCCCCAAAAGCUCUUCAACAUCACAGGGUUCGUGUCACAAGCGGAGCACGGAGUGGGAAGAAGCGCCACGGACAGGCAAUUCUUUUUUAUAAACAAGCGACCGUGUGAUCCCCAAAAGGUGACCAAACUUGUGAACGAAGUCUAUCAUAUGUACAACCGACAUCAGUAUCCAUUUGUUGCCUUGAACAUCGAAGUUGCCUCUGAGUGUGUGGAUGUAAACGUAACCCCAGACAAGCGUCAGAUUUUCCUUCAGGAGGAGAAACUCUUGUUGGCCAUUCUGAAGUCUUGUCUCAUCAGCAUGUUUGAAGCCGGUGUCAAUAAAAUGAGUGUAAACAACGCUGUCAUCCCCAGCAGCGCGCCUGCAUCCAAACCAUCUGAAGAGAACAUGCAGAAAUCUGGAGACAAUACAGGACUAGAGAUUGACAACCCAAAGUCAUCCCUGAACUUGGCUGGUCUGAAAGCUGCUUUUUCAAGUCACCGCAGCUUCAAUUCUGGUGUCAAUUCCAACACGUCAAAAGCUGCCAAUCACGGCCCGGCGCAACAAACCCUCAAGUCUUUCUUAAAGGACACUGGAAAUCCAGGUGUAAAACCUCCUUUCGGACUCACACGUAGUUUAAAAACAGGCUACUCGGCGGGGAGGUCAGCGCUGGAUGGGUUCAGGUAUGGCAAGGGGACAGCGUGCACCGAUAUUAACUCCAAAGACAUUUUUCUAUCCAAUUUGGACAACAAUCCUUCAGCAGAUAAUCCGAAUUGUGAUCGGCACUCGCCUACUUUUGAUGCGGAAGAACCCAGCAUAAAAAAGGAAGCACUGACAGAGACAACAACUCAAGUCCACAAAGCUCUCCAAGAGUCACACUCGCAACCCGAAGCAACUACUCAUAGUGAGGGCAGCUCAGCGAGUCCAGAUUUGAAACGAGCCAGGAAAGAGAAUCCGGGCUGCGCGGUGGAUGCGCCGGUCAGCUUACAGAAGAGGGCGGUGCCGCUCCAUUUUACGUUGCAAGAACUGACCGGGAAGAUUAAGAGGUUACGGGACCAAAAGCAGAAGCGCGAAACCUGUGAGGAGCUCCUCUACAGACGCUUUAGAGCCAAAAUUAACCCGGGAGAAAGCCAACGUGCAGAGGAAGAGCUGAAGAAGGAGAUCAGCAAAGACAUGUUCAAAGAGAUGGAGAUUGUGGGGCAGUUUAAUCUGGGCUUCAUCAUCACCAAACUCAACUCGGACAUCUUCAUGAUCGACCAGCAUGCCACAGAUGAGAAAUACAACUUUGAGAUGCUGCAGCAGCACACGGUGCUCCAAGGGCAAAAACUCAUUGCCCCUCAAAAACUUCACCUCACCGCAGUCAACGAGAACGUACUUAUGGAAAACAUCGACGUUUUUCGAAAGAAUGGCUUUGAAUUUCAGAUUGAUGAAGAUGCUCAGGUGAUGGAGAGGGUCAAGCUGGUGUCUCUGCCCACGAGUAAGAACUGGACAUUUGGUCCAGCGGACAUUGAGGAGCUGAUCUUCAUGCUGAGUGACAGCCCGGGGGUCAUGUGUCGGCCAUCACGCGUCAGGCAGAUGUUUGCCUCCAGAGCUUGUCGGAAAUCUGUGAUGAUUGGCACCGCGCUGAGUACAAGCGAGAUGAAGAAACUGGUGGGUCACAUGGGUGAGAUUGAGCAGCCGUGGAACUGUCCUCACGGGAGGCCCACCAUGAGACACCUGGUCAACCUGGACAUCAUCUCGCAAGACUGAUCGAGAACAAGAGCAGUGCUAUUUAAAGAGUACACAGGCCCAAGUUCACCUGAUGAAUCCAAAGUUUUUUUCGAUCCUGUUCAAUAUAUAUAUAUUUUUUUUUUACUCGUAAAUUCCGUUGAGAUGUUUCAAGUGUUUUAUGUCAACACGCGGUAUAGUUUUAUUCGCGAAUAAACAUUAUGU